UAAAUGAUCCCAUUGUUAGAGCUCACCAGGCAAUAAAUACAUGGAGCAAAGAUCUCUUCUCUCCCACUCUUCUUCUCUGUUACUCUCAAGUCUGCAUCUUUUCACUGGUGGGGAAGGAGGCUCUGCAACAGGAAGACAUUGGCGGCCAUCUCGAGCUCCUCUCUCCAUGGCUCCCAAGUUUGGAGACCUUUUCCUCAAGAUUUUACUCAUCCUCUCCAUUUUCAGAUCUUCUCAAGGGUGGGAGUUUGCAGGGAAGAAGUAUCCAUAUCUGAAGAUGGCGAGCAGCUUCUCUUUACGGCGGCUGCGAGGCUACGACUACAUUAUUGUCGGCGGCGGCACGGCGGGCUGCCCUUUGGCCGCCACCCUUUCACAGAACUACAGUGUGCUUCUUCUGGAGAGGGGUGGUUCUCCUUACGGCAAUGUGAAUGUUUCCCACCUUCAAAACUUCCACAUUUCUCUAGCUGAUACGUCCCCCAAGUCUCCUUCCCAGGCCUUCAUUUCAACCGAUGGAGUGAUCAAUGCAAGGGCUAGGGUUUUGGGAGGUGGAACUUGCAUUAAUGCUGGGUUCUACACGAGGGCGAGCUCAAGCUUCGUGAAGAAAGCUGGGUGGAAUGCAGAACUCGUAAACGAAUCAUAUCCAUGGAUUGAAAGACAGAUUGUUCAGUGGCCGAAGCUGGCUCCAUGGCAAGCUGCUCUGAAAGACGGCCUGCUGGAAGCUGGCGUUUCUCCUUUCAAUGGAUACACAUACGACCACCUCUACGGCACGAAGGUCGGCGGCACCCGUCCCCCCGCCGCCGAUCUCCUCGCCUCCGGCAAUCCAAAAAAUCUCAACGUUCUGCUUCACGCAACGGUUCUGAAAAUCCUCUUUCAUACCAAAGGUUCAAGGGGGCCAAAUGCUGCUGGAGUGGUCUUCAAGGACGAGCAUGGCGUGCGACACAGAGCUUUUUUAAAUGGCCGGCGGGGGAGUGAGGUGGUUUUGUCAUCUGGAGCGUUGGGAAGUCCACAGUUGCUGCUGCUGAGUGGGAUUGGGCCGGAGGAGGAUUUGAGGAGGUUGGGGAUAGAGGUGGUGGUGAAUAAUGGGCAUGUGGGGAAGGGGAUGUCUGAUAAUCCGAUGAACUCCAUUUUCAUUCCGACGAAGAAGAAGGUGGAGCAGUCGUUGAUACAGAGCGUGGGAAUCACAAAGAUUGGAUCUUUUAUUGAGGCGAGCAGCGGUUUUGGUCAGUCUUCUGAUAGCAUUCAUUGCCAUCAUGGCAUCAUGUCUGCUGAGAUUGGACAGCUCUCUACCACACCACCUAAACUAAGAACCCUUGAAGCUGCACAAAAAUACGCGAAGACAAAGAAUGACCUCCCGAGGGAAGCUUUCCAGGGGGGCUUCAUCUUAGAGAAGAUCGACGGCCCCUUAUCGAGAGGCCACCUCCACCUCGUUGACACCAACAUCGACAACAACCCCAACGUGACGUUCAAUUACUUCAACCACCCGUAUGACCUUCAACGAUGUGUCUACGGCAUCCGAACCAUCGAGCGAAUCGUGCGAACGAAGCCGUUUGCUGAGUUGACUCAGGACGACUCGUACUCAAUCGACAUGUUGCUCAACAUGAGUGUGAAGGCCAAUGUGAACCUCAUUCCAAAACACACCAAUGACACUGCUUCUCUCGAGCAGUUCUGUAGGGAUACUGUGAUAACUAUUUGGCAUUAUCAUGGUGGUUGCCACAUCGGACAGGUUGUUGAUAAAGAGUACAAGGUACUCGGGGUCGGCCGGCUGCGAGUGGUCGAUGGCUCGACUUACGAUACUUCGCCGGGAACGAAUCCUCAGGCGACCGUUAUGAUGAUGGGAAGAUAUAUGGGAGUGAAGAUGCUGAGGAGGAGGCUGGGAAAAAGAGCAGGUGUGUAGAGGUCUGGCAGCAAAGAGGGAGAAGAUUAUUACAGAUUC